CUCCGGAGCCACCAUGGGGCUGCUGCUCGCCCUCCUGGUGGCCGUCGGCCUGGCCCUGAGCUCCCCCGGGGCCGCAGAGCUCCAGAGAGAGGGCAGGACCCAGAACCACGGCCACAGCGUCUGCAGCACUUGGGGCGACUUCCACUACAAGACCUUCGACGGCGACGUCUUCCGCUUCCCCGGCCUGUGUGACUACAACUUCGCAUCCGACUGCAGGGGCUCCUACAAGGAGUUCGCGGUGCACCUGAAGCGGGUCUCCGGCCGCGAAGGGGGGCGCCCCGGGCUCGAGUACAUCCUGCUGACCAUCAAGGACGACACCAUCUACCUCACCCGCCAGCUGGUUGUAGUGAACGGGGCCAUGGUCAGCAUGCCGCACUACAGCUCUGGGCUGCUCAUCGAGAAGAAUGACGCUUACACCAAGGUCUACUCCCGGGCGGGACUCACCCUCAUGUGGAACCGGGAGGACUCACUCAUGCUGGAGCUGGACAGCAAGUUCCGGAACCACACGUGCGGCCUCUGUGGGGACUACAAUGGUCUGCAGACCUACUCCGAGUUCCUGUCUGAUGGUGUGCUCUUCAGCGCCAUCGAGUUCGGGAACCUGCAGAAGGUCCAUAAGCCCGAGGCGGUGUGCGAGGACCCCGAGGAGGAGCCGGCCCCAGAGUCCUGCUCCCAGCACCGCGCCGAGUGUGAGGAGCUGCUGGCGGCCGCGGCCUUCGAGGACUGCGAGGGGCUGGUGCCGCGGCAGCCGUUCGUGCAGGCCUGCGUGCAGGACCGCUGCCACUGCCCCGACGGCCCCUUCUGCGCCUGCAGCACCCUGGCCGAGUUCUCCCGCCAGUGCUCCCACGCCGGCGGCCGGCCUGGCAACUGGAGGACCGCUGAGUUCUGCCCCAAGAGCUGCCCCGGGAACAUGGUUUACCUGGAGAGCGGCUCACCCUGCGUGGACACCUGCUCCCACCUGGAGAGCAGCCGCCUGUGUGAGGAGCACCGCAUGGAUGGCUGUUUCUGCCCAGAAGGCACCGUGUAUGACGACAUCGCAGGCAGCGGCUGCGUCCCUGUGAGCCGCUGUCACUGCAGACUCCACGGGCGCCUGUACUCGCCCGGCCAGCAGCUCAGCAGUGACUGCGAGGAGUGCGUCUGCACCGCCGGCCGCUGGGUGUGCAGAGACUUGCCGUGCCCGGGCACCUGUGCCCUGGAGGGCGGCUCUCACAUCACCACCUUCGACGGGAAGAGGUACACCUUCCACGGGGACUGCUACUACGUGCUGAUCAAGGGCGACCACAACGACUCCUACGCCCUCCUGGGUGAGCUGGCCCCUUGCGGCUCCACCGACAAGCAGACCUGCCUGAAGACGGUGGUUUUGUUGGCGGACGACAGGAAGAACGUUGUGGCCUUCCAGUCGGACGGCAGCGUGCUGUUGAACGAGCGGCCGGUGAGCCUGCCCCACGCGACCGCCAGCCUCUCUGUCUUCCGGCCGUCUUCCCGCCACCUCAUGGUGAGCACCGCCGUGGGGCUCAGGCUGCAGGUGCAGCUCGAGCCCGUCAUGCAGCUCUUCGUGACGCUGGACCGGGCCGCGCAGGGGCGCGUGCAGGGCCUCUGCGGGAACUUCAACGGCCUGGAAGGGGAUGACUUUAGGACGGCCGGCGGGCUGGUGGAGGCCACGGGGGCCGGCUUCGCCAACACCUGGAAGGCCCAGGCGAGCUGUCACGACAAGCUGGACUGGCUGGAUGACCCCUGCUCCCUCAAUAUCGAGAGCGCCAACUAUGCCGAGCACUGGUGCUCCCUGCUGAAGAAGACGGAGACCCCCUUUGGGAGAUGCCACUCGGCUGUGGACCCCUCAGACUAUUACAAGAGGUGCAAAUAUGACGCGUGUAACUGCCAGAACAGCGAGGGCUGCAUGUGUGCCGCUCUGUCCUCCUACGCCCGCGCCUGUGCUGCCAAGGGCGUUCUGCUGUGGGGCUGGCGGGAGCAAGUCUGCAACGAGAACGUGGGCUCUUGCCCCAACUCCCAGGUGUUCUUGUACAACCUGACCACCUGCCAGCCUACCUGCCGCUCGCUCUCCGAGGCCGACGCGCACUGCCCGCAGGGCUUCGCGCCUGUGGACGGCUGCGGCUGCCCCGACAACACCUUCCUGGACGAGAAGGGCCGCUGCGUGCCCCUGGCCAAGUGCUCCUGCUACCACCAUGGCCUCUACCUGGAGGCCGGGGAGGUGGUGCUGAGGCAGGAGGAGCGCUGCGUCUGCCAGAACGGGAGGCUGCACUGCAGGCCGGUCAGGCUGCUCGGCCAGAGCUGCUCGGCCCCAAAGAUCUACGUGGACUGCAGCAACCUGACGGCCCUGACCGUCCAGAGCUCGCGGCCCACCAGCUGUCAGACGCGAGCCGCCGGCCACUACCAGACAGAGUGCGUCAGCGGCUGCGUCUGCCCGGACGGGCUGAUGGACGACGGCCGCGGCGGCUGCGUCGAGGAGGCCGAGUGCCCGUGUGCGCACAACAAGGACCUGCACUCCCCCGGGGACGAGAUCACGGUGGACUGCAACACCUGCACCUGCCGCCGAGGGCGCUGGGCGUGCACCGAGUCCCCGUGCCACGGCUCCUGCUCCAUCUACGGGAGUGGCCACUACGUCACCUUCGACGGGAAGUACUACGACUUCGACGGGCACUGCUCCUACGUGGCGGUUCAGGACUACUGCGGCCAGAACUCCUCCUCAGGCUCCUUCAGCGUCAUGACUGAGAACGUCCCCUGUGGCACCACGGGUGUCACCUGCUCCAAGGCCAUCAAAAUCUUCUUGGGGAGGACGGAGCUGAAGCUGGAGGACAAGCACCGCCUGGUGAUUCAGCGGGACACGGGCCACCACGUGGCCUACACCACGCGGGAGGUGGGCCAGUACCUGGUGGUGGAGGCCAGCAUCGGCGUCAUCGUCAUCUGGGACAAGAAGACCACUGUCUUCAUCAAGCUGGCCCCGUCCUACAAGGGCCGGGUCUGCGGGCUGUGCGGGAACUUUGACCAGCGCUCCAGCAACGACUUCACCACGAGGGACCACAUGGUGGUGGACAGCGAGCUGGACUUCGGGAACAGCUGGAAGGAGGCCCCCACCUGUCCGGACGUGAGCGUCACCCCGGAUCCCUGCGCCCGGAACCCGCACCGCCUCUCCUGGGCCGAGAAGCAAUGCAGCAUCAUCAAGAGCUCGGUCUUCAGUGUCUGUCACAGCAAGGUGGACCCCAAGCCCUUCUAUGAGGCCUGCGUUCACGACUCCUGCUCCUGCGACACGGGCGGGGACUGUGAGUGCUUCUGCUCGGCCGUGGCCUCCUACGCUCAGGAGUGUACUAAGGAGGGAGCCUGCGUGUUCUGGAGGACGCCGGACCUGUGCCCCGUAUUCUGUGACUACUACAACCCCCCAGACGAGUGUGAGUGGCACUACGAGCCCUGUGGGAAUCGCAGCUUCGAGACCUGCAGGACCAUCAACGGCAUCCACUCCAACAUCUCCGUGUCCUACCUGGAGGGCUGCUAUCCCCGGUGCCCGGAGGACAGGCCCAUCUAUGACGAGGACCUGAAGCGGUGCGUCACGGCGGACCAAUGUGGCUGCUAUGUCGGGGACACCCGCUACCCACCCGGAGCAUCUGUUCCCAGCGAGGAGGACUGCCAGUCUUGCGUGUGUACCAACACCUCGAAAGUCUGCCAGCCAGAAGAAGGGAAGAUUCUCAACUACACCCAGGACGGCUUCUUCUGCUACUGGGAGAUCUGUGGCCCCAACGGGACGGUGGAGAGACACUUCAACAUCUGUGUGUCCACCACCUCCCGGCCGCCUUCCACCACGAUCCCCGUCACCUCCAGCACCCCCCUCACCACCACCACCACCUCCCCAACUCCCACCCCCUCCCCGACCCCCAGCACAGGUCCGGCCUCCACCCCAGAAACUCCAGGGACGUGCUGCUUCUGGUCCGACUGGAUCAACGAGAACCACCCCAGCGUGCACAGCGGCAGUGGCGACUGGGAGACCUUUGACAGCGUCUGUAAGGCCCCUGAGGACAUCGAGUGCAGGCUAGCUGUGGAGCCCCACCUCAGCUGGGAGCAGGCGGGUCAGAAUGCGCAGUGCAAUGUCACCUUCGGGUUCGUUUGCUACAAUGAAGACCAGUUUGGAAACGGGCCAUUUGAGGUCUGUUACGACUACGAGAUUCGCGUCAAUUGCUGUGUGCCGAUGGAUCAGUGUCCCCCGUCCACGACCACGGCCACCACCACCACCACUACAUCCACACCUACACCAGAACCCCCGACGACCACCACCACUACCACCACAGCCACGCCGACCCCCACGCCCACCACCACGCCGACCACCACCACCACAGGCACAGAGCCCCCCACCAUCAGUACCACGGGCCCCAAGACCACAACGCCCAGCCCCAGCACCACGACCACCACCACCGUGACCCCGACUUCGACUCCCACCAUCAGCACCACCACGGGCACCAAGACCACAACGCCCACCCCGACCACCACCACCACCACGCCGACCACCACCACCACAGGCACAGUGUCCCCGACUACCAGCACCACCACGCCUACCCAAGGAGUAAGCACCACAGAGCCAACAAUCACUCCGUGUGUGCCUCAGUGCAACUGGACAGGCUGGGUGGAUUCCGGGAAACCGAACCCUUCUAGACCAGGUGGGGAUAUUGAAUCGAUUCAGGGCCUCUGUAAAGAAGGCUGGGCAGCCAACAUCUCUUGCAGAGCUGUGAUGUUUCCCCACAUUCCCAUCGAAGAACUUGGGCAAAAGUUGGUGUGCGACCUCUCUGUUGGGCUGGUGUGCAAAAAUGAAGACCAGAAGCCGGGGGGCAUCACACCGCCCAUCUGCCUCAACUACGAGAUUAAUGUUGAAUGCUGUGUAUUGCCGGACUACUGUAUUUCCACGCUGCCUCCUGCUAGCACCCCGACCCCGACCCCCACCACGACCACCACCACGGGCACCCCGACCACCACCACCCCUACCACAACCACAACAGGCACCCCGACCCCUACCAUGACCACAGGCACCGCAACUACCACUCCCAUUAUCACUACCACCACAGGCAUCCCGACUUCGACCCCCACCAUCAGCACCACCACGGGCACCGAGACCACAACGUCCACCCCAGCGACCACCACCACCUCGGUGACCCCAACUUCGACCCCCACCAUCAGCACCACCACGGGCACCAAGACAACAACGUCCACCCCGGCCACUACCACCACCACGGUGACCCCAACUUCGACCCCCACCAUCAGCACCACUACGGGCACCGAGACCACAACGCCGACCCCGACCACCACGACCACCACCAUGGUGACCCCAACUUCGACCCCCACCAUCAGCACCACCACGGGCACCAAGACCACAACACCCACCCCGGCCACCACCACCACCACCACAGUGACCCCAACUUCGACCCCCACCAUCAGCACCACCACAGGCACCGAGACCACAACGCCGACCCCGACCACCACGACCACCACCACGGUGACCCCAACUUCGACCCCCACCAUCAGCAUCACCACGGGCACCAAGACCACAACACCCACCCCGGCCACCACCACCACCACCACAGUGACCCCAACUUCGACCCCCACCAUCAGCACCACCACAGGCACCGAGACCACAACGCCCACCCCGACCACAACGACCACCACCACGGUGACCCCGACUUCGACCCCCACCAUCAGCACCACCACGGGCACCAAGACCACAACACCCACCCCGGCCACCACCACCACCACCACGGUGACCUGGACUUCGACCCCCACCAUCAGCACCACCACGGGCACCGGGACCACAACACCCACCCCGACCACAACGACCACCACCACGGUGACCCCAACUUCGACCCCCACCAUCAGUACCACCACGGGCACCAAGACCACAACGUCCACACCGGCCACCACCACCACGGUGACACCAACUUCGACCCCCACCAUCAGCAGCACCACGGGCACCGAGACCACAACGCCGACCCCGACCACCACGACCACCACCACAAUGACCCCGACUUCGACCCCGACCAUCAGUACCACCACGGGCACCAAGACCACAACGUCCACCCCGGCCACCACCACCACCACGGUGACCCCAAUUUCGACCCCCACCAUCAGCACCACCACGGGCACCGAGACCACAACGCCGACGCUGACCACCACGACCACCACCACGUUGACCCCAGCUUCGACCCCCACCAUCAGCACCACCACGGGCACCAAGACUACAACGUCCACCCUAGCUACCACCACCACCACGGUGACCCCAACUUCGACCCCCACUAUCAGCACCACCACGGGCACCGAGACCACAACGCCGACCCCGACCACCACGACCACCACCACGGUGACCCCGACUUCGACCCCGACCAUCAGUACCACCACGGGCACCAAGACCACAACGUCCACCCCGGCCACCACCACCACCAUGGUGACCCCAACUUCGACCCCCACCAUCAGCACCACCACGGGUUCCGAGACCACAACGCCCAUCCGGACCACCACCAUGACGGUUACCCCUACUUCGACCCCUACGAUCAGCACCACCACGGGCACCGAGAUCACAACACCCACCCCGACCACCACCACCACCACGCCGACCACCACCACCACAGGCACAGUGUCCCCGACUACCAGCACCACCACGCCUACCCAAGGAGUAAGCACCACAGAGCCAACAAUCACUCCGUGUGUGCCUCAGUGCAACUGGACAGGCUGGGUGGAUUCCGGGAAACCGAACCCUUCUAGACCAGGUGGGGAUAUUGAAUCGAUUCAGGGCCUCUGUAAAGAAGGCUGGGCAGCCAACAUCUCUUGCAGAGCUGUGAUGUUUCCCCACAUUCCCAUCGAAGAACUUGGGCAAAAGUUGGUGUGCGACCUCUCUGUUGGGCUGGUGUGCAAAAAUGAAGACCAGAAGCCGGGGGGCAUCACACCGCCCAUCUGCCUCAACUACGAGAUUAAUGUUGAAUGCUGUACCACCACCAGGCCCCCCUCGCCCACCCCAGGAACCCCCUCCACACCCACUCCUACGACUGUGUCCACGACCACCACAGGAACCCCCAGGCCGCCCACGCCUCCCAGGCCCCCAACCGCCAGCACCACGACCUCCUAUGCGCCCACCCCCACCCUGACCCCGAUCUCCACCCCCAACGUCGGUGUGAGCACGGGCCCGGUCAGGUCCUCCACUCAGGUCCGCUGCUGCGUUUUGAACGAAACAUACUUCGCACCAGGCGAGAUGGUGUACAACGGCACGCACGGGGACACCUGCUACUAUGCGAACUGCUCGCUGGCCUGCACCAUUGAGAUCUUCAACUGGUCAUGCCCGUCCACGCCCUCCCCGGCACCCACCCCUUCCAAGCCGACACCCAUCUCAACACACAAACCACCCACGCCUACAGCAUUGAGCACAGUGGCCACCACCAAGCCCCCUGGGUGCCCGGACUUUGACCCUCCCAGACAGGAGAAUGAGAAGUGGUGGCUGUGUAACUGCACCAUGGCGAUCUGCAAGUACAACAACACCGUAGAGCUCGUGGAGGUGGAGUGCGAGGUCCCGCCUGAGCCCACCUGCGCCAAUGGGCUCCGGCCCACGCUCGUCUACAGCCCUGAGGAGUGCUGCCCGCACUGGGAGUGUGACUGCUACUGCGCGGGCUGGGGGGACCCCCACUAUGUCACGUUCGACGGGCUGUACUACAGCUACCAAGGGAACUGCACGUACGUGCUUGUGGAGGAGAUCACCCCCACGCUCGGCAACUUCGGUGUCUAUAUCGACAACUACCACUGUGACGCCAACGACCGGGUGUCCUGCCCCCGCACGCUCGUGGUGCGCUACCAGUCCCAGGAGGUUCUCAUCAAGACCCUGCAGAUGAUGCCCAUCAAGGUCCAGGUGCAGGUCAACAGGCAGGUCGUGGCCUUGCCCUACAUGAAGAACGAGCUGCACGUGUACCAGUCGGGCAUCAGCUACAUGGUGGAGAUCUCCAAGCUGGGCGCGCUCAUCACCUACAACGGACUCUCCUUCUCCAUCACGCUGCCUCACCGCCUGUUUGGCAACAACACCAAGGGCCAGUGCGGCACGUGCACCAAUGACACGGCGGACGACUGCAUGCUGCCCAGCGGGGAGGUCGUGUCCGACUGCGAGUUGGCGGCUGACCAGUGGGUGGUGAACGAUCCCUCCAAGCCACACUGUCCCCACACCAGCGUCACCACCAAGCGUCCGGCUAUCACGCCGCCAGGGGCCAGCACCACCUCCGGCAAGGACUGCGCGUCUCCCCUCUGCGAGCUCAUCAGAGACAGCUUGUUCGCACCGUGCCACGCUGUGGUGCCCCCCAAGCACUACUAUGAGGCCUGCGUGUUCGACAGCUGCUUCGUGCCCGGUUCGGGCCUGGAGUGUGCCAGCUUGCAGGCCUACGCCGCCCUCUGUGCCCAGGCCAACAUCUGUGUCGACUGGAGGAACCACACCCACGGGGUCUGCUCAAUGACGUGCCCACCGCACAGGGAGUACCGGGCCUGCGGCCCCGCGGAUGAGCCUUCCUGCGAGUCUAGCACAGCUGCUCUAAGGCCCAUGGCGCAGAAGAACGCCCGCUUGGUGGAAGGCUGCUUCUGUCCUGAGGGCACCAUGAACUACGCCCCCGGGUUCGACGUCUGCGUGGAGAUGUGCGGCUGCGUGGGACCUGAUGACGUGCCCAGAAAGUUCGGGGAGCACUUUGAGUUCGACUGCAAGGACUGCGUGUGCCUGGAGGGCGGCCGCGGCAUCAUCUGCGAGCCCAAGGAGUGCCGCCAGGAGCCGGUCACAUGCCUGGAGGACGGCACCUACCCGCUCACCGAGGUCAACCCCGCCGACACCUGCUGCAACAUCACGUCCUGCAAGUGCAACACGAGCUUGUGCCAGGGGAAGCCGCCCAAGUGCCCGCUGGGCUUCGACGUGAGCAGCGAGACCAAACCCGGGAAGUGCUGCCCGUCCUACUCUUGUGUGCCCAAGGGCGUGUGUGUUCACGCGAAUGCUGAGUACCAGCCCGGGUCGCCAGUGUACUCCUCCAAGUGCGAGGACUGUGUCUGCACCAACCGCACGGACAGCAGCUCGCGGCUCAACAUCAUCUCCUGCACCCACGUGCACUGCGAGGACAGCUGCAGCCCCGGCUUCGAGCUGGUGGACGUGCCCGGGCAGUGCUGUGGCAAGUGUCAGCAGACCCACUGCAUCAUCAAGAGACCCGGCACCGAGACCAUCAUCCUGAAGCCCGGGGACAUACGUCACGACCCCACCAACAACUGCACCUUCUUCAGCUGCGCGAACAUCCACAACCAGCUCAUCUCCUCCGUGUCCAACAUCACCUGCCCUGACUUCGACCCCAGCAUCUGCCUCCCAGGCUCCGUGACGCUCAUGCCCAACGGAUGCUGCAGGAAAUGCAUCCCUCGGAAUGAGACCAGGAUCUUCUGUUCCACCGUCCCCAUGACCAAGGAAAUUUCUCACUCCGGCUGCACCAAGAAAGUCGUGAUGAACUCCUGCUCUGGGUCCUGCGGGACCUCCGUCAAGUACUCGGCCGAGGCCCAGGCCCUGGAUCACCAGUGCUCCUGCUGCAAGGAGGGGCGUACCAGCCAGCGGGAGGUAGAGCUGAGCUGCCCCGACGGCAGCUCCCGGAAGCACCGCUACACCCACAUCGAGAGCUGCUCCUGCCAGGACACCGUGUGCGGGCUCCCGCGGGCUCAGCGCAGGGCCCCCAGCCUCGAGCGGCGCGCCAGCCCCCGGGGCCUGCCCCUGGGGAGGGACUGAGAGCAGUCCUGCCGUCCAGGACCCCCCCGCCCUCCACCGUGCCCUCCCGCUGGCCUCUGAGCUCCCUCACCAAGCAGCCUCGUCUCGGUCCAUAUUUAUUUUCUGAGUCUUUGUUCGAUUCUUCGCUUUCCCAAAUAAACUCAGGCAGACGCUG